ACAUUUGUUGGUUGCCACCCAAAACGGAAAUUGAAUUUUCACUAAUGAUAAGCAUCAGACAGACAGAAACAUAGUUAGUCAGACAAUUAUAGUGUGUGUGUGUGUUUAAGUUAAGUAUAGUUAGUAAGUCAGACAAUUGCACAAUUCAUAAAUUUAUAUAAUGUUCUUAACCAGAAGUGAAUACGAUCGAGGAGUCAGUACUUUCUCACCUGAAGGUAGACUCUUUCAAGUUGAAUAUUCUUUAGAAGCUAUAAAAUUAGGAUCUACAGCCAUUGGAAUUAGUACAAGUGAAGGAGUAAUAUUAGGAGUUGAAAAAAGAGUUACAUCUUCAUUAUUAGAACAUUCAUCGAUUGAAAAAAUUGUAGAAAUUGAUAGUCAUAUUGGUUGUGCAAUGAGUGGAUUAACAGCUGAUGCAAGAUCAAUGAUUGAUCAUGCAAGAGUUAGUAGUUUAACUCAUAAUUUAUAUUAUGAUGAAGAAAUUCAAGUAGAAAGUUUAACUCAAUCAGUAUGUGAUUUAGCUCUUAGAUUUGGUGAAGGAGCUGGAGGUGAAAAGAGACUUAUGAGUAGACCAUUUGGUGUAGCACUUUUAAUAGCAGGAAUUGAUAAAGAUAAAGGUCCACAAUUAUAUCAUGCUGAACCUUCAGGAACUUUUUACAGAUAUGAUGCUAAAGCCAUUGGAUCAGGAUCUGAAGGAGCUCAAACAGAACUUCAAAAUGAAUAUCAUAAAUCUUUAACUUUAAAGGAAGCAGAAUUAUUAGCAUUAAAAAUCUUAAAACAGGUUAUGGAAGAGAAAUUAGAUUGUAAAAAUGCUCAAUUAGCUAGUGUAACUGUAGAUGGAGGAUUCCAAAUUUAUAGUGAUGAAAAGACGGAUGAAAUUAUAAAGGAAUUGAAUGAACUGCAAGUGGAUGAUGAGCUUGCGAAUGCCUAGAUUGGUAAGUAUAUACAUCUAUUAUAUAAUACAAUACAUAUACAUAUACAUAUAGUAACUACUAGUAACUACUAAUA